AGCUCAUCGCAGGUGGCGGCAAGGCUCACGUAUGGUCUUGACAGUCUACCUUUCGUGAAAUGCGAGUGUGAGUGUCUGUGAAGAAUGAAUAAUAGCAUUUGCAACAUAAGCUUCGUUAGGAGUUGAUUAGUGUUUGAACCGGGAUAUAAAUUAAACUGUGAUUACUGUAUUCGUACCACAUGCUAAAUAUAGCUUAAAAUCUGACAUCUAUGGACAACCUAAGUUCAGACUGCCUGUCCGUCCCAUCAAAGUGCCUUGUGCACUAAGUAUCCGCAGUGUGCUUCGAGGCUUUCUAUUGUUAGACGUCUUAAUGUUGGUCCACGCCAGUAGGUCUAUGGGUUAAUCCAGAUACUCCAGGCAACCAGACAAGUAACAACCUAAUCACCUCACAUAGCUUUCAUUUUUGCCAUGUGACUUGACAACACACAGUACAAUACUCUGUCUUUUGUCUUUGCCACUAGUGACUUCGUAACGCUAAGUAUUCCGACUAUACGGACCAUGGUUUGGCAAGCUGACAGAGUGAUUUUCUCCGAACUUGGUGUAGUCUACGGUUGUGUUAUCAUCCCUGUUCUCUGUCCCUGCAGUGGUCAUGAUCGCAUGGUAGAAGUGUGCAAUAGGAUGAUCAAACUCAGUGAUAUGCAGUCACUACAUGCUUUCACCUACCUUAGUACUGACUCAGUCAUAGAUAUCGUAAAACCUAGUGUGUCUCGAUUCGAGUUAUCACACUACAUCAGCAUCGUGAGAUAAUAUUAUCAUAUAAGUCCCAGAGUAGUACAAGUGAUAACUUUCAAUAGCAACAGAAGAGGUACAAACCAAGAAAGUAAAUUUCAGUAUUCAGGGUCUGAGGACAUGAAGAAUAGGCCCGCCUUUACCAUUUUUGACGAUUUCGAGCCAUGCUACUCAAAGUCUUAACUCGUCGGUUACGACUCGCGAAAAUCGCAACAUGUUUGUCUAUGCCUACUUACAUGACAGCCGAAAAGUCAGUGACAGGCUGAUGCUGUCCUCGUUUGGUCGCUCCCAGCUUUCACCCUACUCAUAUAACAAAUAUCGCUCUCCAAGGUAGGAGGUGGUAGGGCGUAUGCAACGGAUGUCCAGUUAACUUUGAGCGUUGACAAUAUGCUGCUUCAUUCCUCUCUGGCAUUGCUGUUAUUUCGAGAUACCAUUUCACUUUGGUUGUAUGACAGUAUUUGUGCCAGAUCAACAUGACAGACUUGCGACUCGGUGAUCCGUUUGAUCGCUUACCACUUGUAGUUUCCUUUUGCCUUACUCUACGUUUAAAAGCCGCAGCCAUGGUACUAAAAGUUUACAGAUUAUAUGUGCAACAUCUGUUUGUACUCGAUCUGGAUUCUUGUUACAUCCCUUGUGACGCAUGGCCAACGGUAAGUCAACAGCGAUUGACAUGGGUUUAAAACUCAAAUCUUACCAUUGGUCUUGUCUUGGUAGUUCGUGAGUUGGCUUCUCCUCCACGACGAUCUCGUAUGGUAUUGUUUACAACUGCCUAUUCCCUUCAAAGCUAAUUUUUUACUGUCUUGUUUAAUCCCAAAUAUUCAAUCCCUAAAGUUUGGUUAAGUACAUCCACUUUCGGGUCACCGAAGAUGACUAUAAUUCUUUAACAGUCUGUCGUCAGCUAGUUGAUAAAUCAUUGACGUUUUGUGGUUUCAAAUUCCUCUCACGCCAAUCGAAAAUGCACUGAAAUGGUACGUUCUAGCAACGAGUUCUAAAAGGAGUAGAAUCAUAGUUUGUUAUUGAUUCAGAAUAAUUUGAAUCCUGGUUGUGAUCGGCAAAAAAUUGGAUAUAGUUAUUAUUUGAUGUUAAGAUGUUUCAGGAACAAAGUUAAGACCGACGGAAUAAGAAUAACAUCCAGGGAGUUGUUUUUUCCUUGUACGACAGACGAAUAUUUCAAAACUAACAGUUUAUCCUACCUGAGAUAACUUGUCAGUUACAUUAAUACCUCAUCAGCAAGUAAAGUUAAUUGUUCCAUCCCGUUCGCUCUAUGGCAAUAGGUUACUAUUUUAACAUUAAUUAAAACAGACCCGUUGUGAAAUUUUUCCUGUAGCCAUCAUGAAGUUACCAAUAAUAUUUCCUCACUCCUCUAUUUUGCUAGUUUUGUCUAACCAGAGUGUCGAAACGAAAGUCCUGUUGACUGGACACCGUUCUUCGAGUAUGCUUUUUCCUGAUACUGGCUAAGAACGCUUAUCAUGAAUGCAUCAACUCAUGCUAAAAAAUAACCGCCGUUUGGUAAUGUCAUGGAAAUACAUGUCAUUUAAAUUUUAAUGGGUUACAAAGUUUAGUUUCAAGUUGCUCUUAUCCAUUGCGGUCGUCGGCCCCUGUUUAAUUAACUAUGUAAAUUUGUAGGACUUCGAACAAACUGCAUACGUUCGAGUAGUGCUAAGCAGAGCUUUAUCAUAGAUAACUUAUUGACAGUUAAUCAUUGCAUAGUAUUGAUACAAAGUGACAUGAUGAUAAUCAUGAGUGUCUUAUGAACUCGUCGGUGUGUUGUUCGUUUCUGAAUUAAUUAUUGUUCUUGUUUUUUAGCGAUAUGGAUCCUGCCUCCAUUUUUGAGGAUGCACUUAAAGGUCUUGCAACUAAGGAUUUCGAUAACGGAAAUGCUAAACCAUGUGACAGUCUACAAACGUCAGUUAAUGGUUCUAGUGACUUUCUAAAACCUGAAUCUUACAUCACGUAUCCCGACAAUCCACAAUUACCUUCCAUACAAAAUACUCAGAAGGCUUCAGAAGAAGCUCCUAGUGCUUCUCAAAAUGACAUCAUUCUCAGUGCUCUCAUAAAUGCUGGGAUUGCUCCAUCCUCUUUAAAACCUCAAGAAGUUUACUCUAAUACUCCUUCAGUUUCAGUUACUGUGAAUCCAAACGUCAAAGUUCUCAAUGCUCAAGGUACUACCAUACUGAGGGUUGUUCCAUCAGGAAAUGGCAGCAAUUCACCAGUUCAGCAAGCAUAUCCUCCUCGAAUGGCUAGUCAGUUGUUAAAGAAGCCUUCUGAUAAUGGUCUUACAAUGUCUGGAAUUACUCACAUGCCAAAUAUCAUACGGAAAAGGCCUCCUUCGCUUGUCGAAACUAGUCAGCCUUUUUCGAAAAUCAGACGUGUACUUAACCAUGGCACAGUAGAUAAAGACGUUAACCAUCAGAUCACAGCAUUUUCUGGUAUGAGUACUGUCCCAACUAGCUCAAGUAAAUGGUAUGAGGCUCCUAAUGUUUCACGACCAUCCUUGCCUCCUCACUGCGUUCGGGUACCUAGUCAUACUCAAAUGACUCCCAGAUCAUACCCGUUGAUAAAACGAGAUGAAGAUAUGGAUGAAGAUGAAGAUUUAGCUCAAGCUGAAACGUAUGCUGACUAUAUUCCGUCAAAACUGAAUUAUGGACAAAAGCAUCCAGAUCCUGUUGUCGAGUCGAGUUCCUUGUCCAGUGUCUCUCCUCCAGAUAUUCAUUAUCGCCUGAUUCUUCCGGAUGAAGUUAUCGAGCGGGCGUAUCUUUCAGCUUUGCAACUGGAAGCAGUGGUGUACGCCUGUCAACGUCAUGAGUGUAUCUUACCGAAUGGUCAACGUGCUGGGUUUUUAAUUGGCGACGGGGCAGGUGUGGGAAAAGGUCGCACCAUUGCCGGAAUAUUAUAUGAAAAUUAUUUACGACAUCGUAAGAAGGCCAUUUGGCUCUCAGUUUCAAAUGAUUUGAAGGUCGAUGCUGAACGCGAUCUGCGUGACGUGGGCUUGGGAAAGAUCAAGGUUCAUUCCUUAAACAAGUUUAAAUAUGCUCGUAUUUCUGGUAAAACUAAUGGACGUGUAAAAAAAGGUGUUAUUUUUUCUACUUAUUCUUCAUUGAUUGGUGAAAGUCAAGGUAGUGCAAAAGCAAAAUAUAAAACUCGAUUAAAACAACUUGUUCAUUGGUGUGGGAAAAAAUUCGAUGGUGUUAUUGUGUUUGACGAAUGUCAUCGAGCUAAAAAUUUAACUCCUAGUGGUUCUCAAAAACCUACAAAAACCGGUCUAACUGUACUUGAAUUACAAAACAAACUACCAAAUGCUCGGAUUGUUUAUGCCAGUGCAACAGGUGCCACUGAACCCCGUAACAUGGCUUAUAUGACGCGUCUGGGACUGUGGGGUGAUGGGACGCCAUUUAAAACAUUUAAUUCAUUCAUCCAAACACUUGAGCGACGGGGUGUUGGUGCUAUGGAAUUGGUUGCUAUGGACAUGAAACUACGUGGAAUGUAUAUUGCACGGCAGCUCAGUUUUCAUGGUGUGAAUUUCAGCAUUAAUGAAGUACUAAUAGAGAACGUCAAAUUAGGCCAUGAAAGCUUUAUUCAUGUAUAUAAUCAGUCAACUGACCUGUGGGUGUAUGCAUAUCGCUUCUUCUCAGAAGCGUCGCGUUUAUUAGAUCUAAGUGAUCGUUAUCGUAAAACUAUGUGGGGACAGUUUUGGUCUGCUCACCAACGAUUUUUCAAGUAUCUUUGUAUUGCUGCCAAAGUGGAAAAAUGUGUUGAAAUUGCUAAAACUGCUGUUGAUGAGGGUAAAUGUGUUGUCAUUGGUCUUCAGUCUACUGGUGAGGCCAAAACUCUAGAACAAGUUGAAGAAUAUGGUUUAGAUUUAGGUGAAUUCGUCUCAACUGCUAAGGGCGUGUUCCAGUGUCUGGUUGAAAAGUAUUUUCCAACACCAACAAAUGUUGAUAAUUUCUCUCUUCGAGGGGAUAAACUAGCAUCGGCAGGUGAUCGCAGCUCUAAUACAACUCUCAAUAGAGCAGGACGCGCAAUAGCUGCUGGUCAAGGAAGUGGUCUUGGUUUGAAAGAUAUUUUGGGUGAAAAAAUGCUUGCAAAGCUAGUUGCUGGUGGUAGUUUAUCUGGAUCGAAAUUAAAUGAUGAUUAUGAAAAUUCCAGUAAAGUUGACGGUGUAGGAUCUGAUUCUGAUGACGAUGAUGGUAAUGAACAUUCUGAUGAGUCAGAUGAUGAUGAUUCUGAUUUGAAUAAUCCUCAAAAAGCUAAUGGCUGUAACCUAUCAGAUGGAAAUUCAUCAUCUGAUUAUUACGAUUCAGACCUGGAAGUGAAUUCACCAAACAACAAUUCCAGUCGAAAUAGAUCAAAAAAGUCGGAUUCUUCUAAAAAGCAGUCUCAUUCUGGCAAACGUAAACAAAAGUAUAACCGAGCUGGUGGUUCACCGAAUUGCUUGUCAGAUGAUUCGGACGAAGAUUGGGAUCCAGACGCGCUAUUUGACAGCUUUCUAGCUCGCAACAUGACUCUGUCCAAUUCGACCACUAACAGUGAUACAACCAAGCGAUUCGAUGACAGCAAGCACUUUGGAGAUGAUAUUUGGGGUGAUGAGUUGACUCGUAAAUUAUCACAACAGUAUCUUAUGGGUCGCGGUUCAGGUGCAGCUAAUCAGUCGCUGAUUGCUAACAAUGAACUGAAGGUCUCUCCCGAAGAAGCUAAACGGCAAUGUACUGAAAUGCAAAGUUUACUUUUGCGUUUCAUUGAAAAGCUUGGUCCAAAGUUACCUCCCAGCUCCCUUGAUGAGUUGAUUGACAAAUUGGGUGGACCCUCACGGGUUGCUGAGAUGACAGGUAGAAAGGGUCGUAUGGUGAUGGGGGAUGAUGGCCGCGUUUCUUAUGAAUCUCGUCGUGAAAGUGAUGUCAAUUUAGAACUACUUAAUCUUACAGAAAAACAACGCUUCAUGAAUGGCGAGAAACUCAUUGCUAUUAUCUCUGAGGCAGCCAGUAGUGGUAUCUCUCUUCAGGCGGACCGAAGGGCAUCUAAUCAACGCCGACGUGUUCACAUUACAUUGGAACUUCCGUGGAGUGCAGAUCGCGCAGUUCAACAGUUCGGUCGUACACACCGAUCCAACCAGGUUAGCGCUCCAAAAUAUAUCUUUCUGAUUUCCAAUUUGGCUGGUGAGCAGCGUUUCGCCUCUACAGUUGCUAAACGUUUGGAGUCUCUUGGUGCUCUGACACAUGGUGAUAGACGAGCUACAGAAACACGUGAUUUGUCGCAGUUCAAUCUGGAUACUAAACUCGGACGAGAAGCUUUAGAGUUAGUAUUACGUGCUUGUAUUUGGGGCGAUGAGGGCAUAGUUGAUCCUCCAAACGACUAUAUAACUGACACGCCUUUUGACGUUACUGUCGAUCGGGACAAUUUAAAUGCUCAGUCUUUUUUUAACGAUGUUAAAGCAAGUUUACAGGGUGUAGGUUUGGCUACUGGUCGAUGUCGUGAAAAGGAUAGUAAUCAAAUGUCUAAAUUUUUGAACCGCAUUUUAGGUAUACGUGUUCAUAUUCAAAAUGCACUCUUUCAAUACUUUUCGGACACAUUAGAAGAAGUUACCAGACGUGCUAAACGUGAUAAUCGUCUGGAUCUCGGAAUUUUGGAUCUUGGUACUUCUGGUCAGAAUUUGGAAAUAACAUGGACCAAAAGUUUUGAUACGUGGUUUUUAUCAGAAUCUACUCAAGUUCAUUUACACAAAGUAACUGCUGAACGCGGAUUACCAUGGUCGGGUGCUAUGGAAAUAUACACUCAGCAUGAUGGUGUAAAUGACGGUUUUUAUUUGCCCUCGGUUAUUAGUAACAAUAAAAUUGUUAUACCUGUUCUAGCUGUUUAUGUGAAAACUCGUACUACGCGAUCGACCAGUAAAUCCGAUUCGAAAUUAUAUCGUAUCUAUCGACCAAAUACUGGUAUGCAGGCACGACCAAUUGAACUCGAAAAGUUACAGGAACGAUAUACUCGCGUUUCUAAUCCUUCAGAUUGUCAAGAGCCUUGGAGCCGGAUAUUUAAAGAAAGUGCUAGACGUUGCAUUCAUAUGUUACUUCAUGGGUUUUGUUCAUCAACUAUCCAAAGUCGAACAUUAUGUGAAGUCGGUUUACGAACGCGUAAUUACUAUGUUCUUAGCGGGUCAGUGUUAAAUGUAUGGGCUAGAAUUGAACCUUUUCUUCAGCUGCGUUCAAAUUCUACUCGUUGUAUGCAAGUUGUACGUCUCAAGUCAAAGGAUGGGAAACGUAUUAUUGGAUCCCUUAUCCCUCAAGAAUGCGUCCAGGAUGUUUUGGCUUGCUUGUCACUACCUCCUGAAACAGAGCACACAUCUUCUAGUGAUAACUUGGAUAAAAAGUGUGGUUUGCCUCACAUGGAAGAAUCUUCAGGAAUUUCAAAUAAUUUUAAUUUAUCACCUCAUAUUCCGAACGUUCCUUGGCCUAGAGGUCAAACAUUCAAUGUAAACCCAACUCAACAAUCUAGAUUAUACAGUGGUCGUCCACCUUCAUUUAUAAAUCAACGACCCAGUAAUAUUAUACGAAAAAAGAUCCCACCUCAUAAUCCUGGAAAUACGUACCGUGGUUCAUUGUUUACUCAGAGUUCAUCUGAACAACGUCGUUUUGGCACACUACGAGAAACUUUAACCACUGAUUUAAAUUAUAUACCAAGUCAUUCCAAUGGUUAUCUAUCUACUACAUUAUCACAAUCUCAUGUAUUCAAUUCUUCUAAAAGUAUGAGUCCAAUGUACUCGAACACUUCUAUACACAAUUUUGGAUCUACUCGUUUAAAUUCUAAUACAAAAAUGGGUAGUCGAUUAAAUGCUGCUCUAUCAUUACCAUUACUCUCUGAUAAUCCUAAUAUUCAAUAUCAAACAUCAUGUAGUAGUAGUAGUACUACUACUACUACUACUAGUAAUACUAAUUAUUCUUCCACAUUAACUAAUCGUAUCAAUGAUAUACCAUUAUCUAAUAUUUCAUCUGUUAAUAAUAAUAAUAAUACAAUUAUUCCUUCUAAUUUCUCAACGAAUACAAUGAAUAAUGUUAAGAACCCUUCAAAUAAAGUGACACGUUUCAAAAUAAAAUGGAAAGAUAAUUAAAGAGUAUAUUCCAUGAUUAUGAUAGUCUUUCUAUUAUUACUUUGUAAAGUCAAUCUCUGUUUGUACUUUCUUACUUACCCUUUUAAAUGAGACAGAGAGAGAAAGAAAGAAAGAAAGAAAGAGAGAGACAGAGAGAGAGAGAGUAUAUGAUUAUGAUAAUGAAUUUAUCAUAUAAAACUAAAGAUUUUCUUUCUUUUUUUCUUUUUCUUUUUUUUUCAUCAUUUAGUUUAUUGAAUUAUUUUUCUACUAAACAUUUCACUGGUGUCAAUAAUUAAUUUUUAGAUAAUAAUUUUGUGUAAAAAAAGAGAGAGAGAAAAAAAAGAAAAGAAAAAAAGAGGAUUAUUCCUUCUUUCAUCACAUGAAUUCAAUUGUCAUGUGUGUUCUGUAUAAUGAAUCAAUCUAUGAUGUAAUCAUCUCUCCCUUCUUCUUCUUCUUCUUCGUCGUUGUUGUUGUCGUUAUUUUCUUCUUAUUUACUUAUCUACUUUACGCCUGUUACUUUCAAUAGAGUAUAGUCAGUCAGUCCAUUGACAAAUAUUCUUCAACCUUAUUCAUAUUGUCCUGGAUCAUUUUUCUUUCUUCCUUCCUUAUUCUAUCCCAAUAGUUGUUUAUUUCUUUUUGUUCAUAACAGUUUUAUUUGUAUAUAGUCCAUUUUUUGUUUUCCUUAUAAAAACAAGAAAAAGAAAAAAGGUUUGUCAAAUGUGAAGAUAUUUGAUGUUCUAUUUUUUUGUUGUUGUUGUUGCUGACUACCUCUUUGAAAAGACAUGAUAGUUACUGUAUGUUUGAAUUGUGAACAAUCAUUUCUUGCUUUCUUUCUUGUCUUUUCAAUCUUUGAUUUCUCUUAGUGUAUUAUUGCAUCUAUCUGAAUGAACUUUUGUUGUUCUUCUCUUUUCUAUUCCUGACCAAUUGAACUUAGUCGAUAUUCUGUGUAUGGUACUUGUAGAAGAUAUAAUCAAUUUGUAUUUGUUUCUUAUUUCAGAUGAAUAAAAACAAUAAAUAUCUUUCUAUAAUAGUUAC